AUGUCGCAGCAAACCCCGGGCCCGGCGGGCCAGAGGCCGCCAGCUUCCAAGAUCCCGCCUUUGCAGCAUAUCGCACCUAGCAUCUUUGUCCCACAUGAGGACGACAUUCUCAAGGUAGAGCCGCCACGAGACCGUGUUGAGCGGCUCAAGCGGAUCCUGAAAACCAUCGACUACAAUCGCGAGGGCGUCAAGGAAAACCUCAUGUACAUGUUUGAGCGGGAGAAGCGGCGCAUUAUAGAAGAGGCAACCGCCACGGAGGCGAUACAGGGCCAACCAAAGAUUCGACCUGGAUUGCCCACGGAGGAAGUUGACGCCAUUAUCAGCAGCAUGGAAGCGGAGGCUCAACCCGGAAUGGACUACAAUAUCCAGGAUAUACCGCAGCUAGACACGCAGCGUCCCAUUCCGCCGGAUAUGCCGCUGAGAGACAGGACGGUGAUCCAGUUGCUCAACUUGAUUGAGAACGGACUGGUGGAAUUGCGUAACUACGAGGGCCACAUGGCUGGCAUUGCCGACUACUACACGAAGUGUCUCGAACGGGAGCUGGCGAUCAUCAACGAGGCGGGGAUGCGGCCUGAAGAACGGGCAAGCGCGAGGGGAUUCUGA